AACAGCGCAGCGGCGAGCUCCGGCUCAGAUUCCAGCGCCGCGCCAGGGCGCUCCCCUACCGCGACGACUGACCGACCGCCAAGGAAUCACGUUCACGUUCACGCGUACGCAGUCGCAGGCACUCUCCCAGCAAAGGCCCGUAUGCCACAUACAACCUAACCAGUAACCUACGCCAGUUGACGGGACCAACUUGGCGAACUCUUGGCUCCAAAGCUUUCCCGGCCAGUCUCGCAGCAACCCUUCCCCUACCCCGAUCGAGCCGUUGUGGAAUCGCGCGUCUCGGUCGGGAUCCGGCGCUGCCGCAGCCCGAUCCGAUGCUCUCCGGCGUCGACCACGACGUCCCCGACGGCAUCGGGAUGGCGCGGCUCGCGUGGACGCGCCUCCCCACCGCUGACGGGGAGGAGGCAGGCCCCUCCACUUCCGCGGCGGCGGACUAUGAGCUCUUAUCCGCCGCCGCCAUCGAGAGCCUCGACUACGAGGUCAUCGAGAACUACGCGUACCGGGAGGAGCAGGCGCAGCGGAGCAAGUUCUGGGUGCCCUACUACGUCAUGCUCAAGUGGCUGUUCUCUCUGCUGAUCGGCGUUGGUACUGGAUUAGCUGCUAUAUUCAUAAACCUGGCUGUUGAGAACUUCUCUGGAUGGAAAUAUACUGCGACAUUUGCUAUAAUAAAGCAUUCAUAUUUUGUGGGAUUCUUCGUGUACACAGUUUUCAAUUUAGCCCUGGUCUUCUCUUCUGUAUAUAUAGUCACAAACUUUGCUCCAGCAGCUGCUGGAUCUGGUAUUCCAGAGAUCAAAGGUUACUUAAAUGGAGUGGAUACACCUGGAAUCCUCCUUUUGAGGACAUUAGUUGGGAAGAUAUUUGGGAGCAUUGGAUCAGUUGGAGGUGGAUUGGCUCUAGGGAAAGAAGGGCCUCUUGUUCAUACUGGGGCCUGCAUUGCUUCGCUUCUUGGACAAGGUGGAUCUGCAAAGUACCACUUGAAUUCUAGGUGGGUACGGAUUUUUGAAAGCGAUCGUGAUAGGCGAGACCUUGUGACAUGUGGAUGUGCAGCUGGAGUUGCUGCAGCCUUCAGAGCUCCUGUUGGUGGGGUACUAUUUGCCUUGGAGGAAGUUACAUCCUGGUGGAGAAGUCAUCUUAUGUGGAGAGUAUUCUUCACAUCUGCUGUGGUGGCCGUUGUUGUGCGUUCAGCCAUGAAUUGGUGCAACAGUGGAAAAUGUGGUCAUUUUGGAGCUGGAGGUUUUAUAAUCUGGGACAUAUCUGGAGGUCAAGAAGAUUACUCAUAUCAGGAACUGUUCCCUAUGGCAAUUAUUGGUGUUAUUGGUGGACUUCUUGGGGCAUUAUUUAACCAACUUACCCUGUAUAUAACUAAAUGGCGGCGAACAUAUCUUCAUAAGAAAGGGAAACGAGUCCAAAUCUUUGAAGCCUGCCUUAUAUCUUUGGUAACAUCCACAAUUUCCUUUGUGUUGCCAUUACUGAGGAAAUGCAGUCCAUGCCCUCAGUUAGAAACUAAUUCUGGCAUAGAAUGCCCUCAUCCACCUGGCACAGAUGGGAAUUUUGUUAAUUUCUAUUGUUCAAAAGAUAGAGAGUACAAUGAUCUAGCAACCAUUUUCUUCAAUACUCAGGAUGAUGCAAUACGUAAUCUUUUCAGUGCAAAAACAUUCCAUGAAUACAGUGCACAAAGCUUGAUUACCUUCCUGGUCAUGUUUUAUUCCUUAGCUGUUGUGACAUUUGGAACUGCAGUUCCGGCUGGCCAGUUUGUCCCAGGAAUAAUGAUUGGAUCUACAUAUGGAAGGCUUGUUGGAAUGUUUGUUGUCAAGUUCUAUAAGAAACUAAACAUCGAGGAGGGCACGUAUGCACUCCUUGGUGCUGCAUCCUUUCUUGGAGGUUCAAUGAGAAUGACUGUAUCUUUAUGUGUUAUCAUGGUUGAGAUUACGAACAACUUGCAACUCUUGCCAUUGAUCAUGCUUGUUCUUCUAGUUUCUAAGGCGGUUGGUGACUUCUUUAACGAAGGGUUAUAUGAAGAGCAAGCCCGAUUAAGGGGCAUCCCUCUACUGGACUCCAGGCCUAAGCAAGUUAUGAGAAAUAUGACUGCAAAGGAUGCGUGCAAGAAUCAAAAGGUUGUCUGCCUACCACGUGUUUCAAGGAUUGUUGAUAUCGUUUCCGUUUUGCGUACCAACAAGCAUAAUGGUUUCCCUGUUGUUGACCGUGGGCAGAAUGGUGAGCCACUUGUCAUAGGUCUCAUACUUCGUAGCCACUUAUUGGUACUUCUACAAGCGAAAGUAGAUUUCCAGAACAGUCCUUUCCCAUGUGGACCAGGCGUACUGAACAGGCACAAUUUUAGUGACUUUGUUAAACCAGCAUCAAGUAAAGGAAAGUCAAUUGAUGAUAUUCAUUUGACAGAGGAUGAACUGGGGCUGUAUUUGGAUCUUGCCCCAUUUUUAAAUCCUUCACCAUACAUAGUGCCAGAGGACAUGUCAUUGGCAAAGGUGUACAAUCUCUUCCGUCAGCUUGGAUUGAGACAUAUAUUUGUUGUUCCUAGGCCUUCUCGUGUUGUAGGAUUGAUAACCAGAAAAGAUUUAUUACUUGAGGAGCAUAGCAACAAUGUGAUGGCGGAGCUCCAAUCGACGAGUGUAAGGGGCUUGCUGAACGGCAAAAUGCUCGGUGGUAAUGUACAUCUGGAACGUCCCCUUCUUGACAAUCUAGUGAUUGAAUAGAUACACAACAUAGCGGCAUGUGCCUCAAGAUAAUUUUGAUAGCUAGCAGUUAACCUUGCACGGAAUAUUGGGCCAUGGGUAUCCGUUCCCUCAUACUUUGCAUGAAUGAUGAAGCGGCACUGCGCGGGUAAUGCAGCAGCAUGGUUUGGAUUCUGCGAAGUGUUGCGCAUGGAGGUUGGCCGUUGCGCAUGACUUAGCUCUCUGCGGUGGCUAUUGAGGUGAUUUCCUGGUGCCGUGUGUUUAGAUUAGGUGACUUGUAACUCAAAGUGUUCAUACACGUCAUUCAUGUAUCCCACGGUAAAUUUCCAAGGCUCUGUUUUGGCGGUUGUAAGUAGAUAUCUAUCAUCUGUGAUACGAUGAUGAAGACAAGCUACGUAGAUUUGCUUGUUCUUUCAUGAAAGUAUGAUACGAGGCUACAAAUUGCCUUCCGUUCCGGUC